AUGGCUUCAGGAUAUUCCUCCAGACCAGAUCAAACCCUGUUUAAGUUAGGGGAGUACAUCGUCUUGGACGUACUUGGGGAAGGGGCUUUUGGUGCAGUCACUAGAUGCUUUCACCCUCAGACUUUAGAGGUCGUGGCAGUUAAAACCCUGAAGAACGCCAGUAGCAGUCUCGAAGACGAAGUUGAGAUCUUGGAGGAGUUGCGCCUCUUACAACCAGACAAGUACAAUAUUGUCAGGUUCAUUGAAUACUUUGUGGAACAGGACUCCGAAUGCAUGGUAUUUGAAACAUUAGACAGGAGCCUGUUCGACUUUAUGCAGAUGAGAGGAAAGCUAUUGUCUUUGUGUGAGCUCCGUCCAGUGGCACAGCAGCUCCUGGUGGCCUUUGACGGUCUCAAGACGGCUGGGAUCAUUCAUGCAGACCUAAAGCCAGACAACAUCAUGCUGGUGAACCACAGUAAGCAGCCUUUUAAAGUCAAACUCAUUGACUUUGGCCUUGCUGGUUAUGCAGACAUAAUGGACGCUGAGGACAUAAGGCAGCCUUUUCCAUACCGAGCUCCAGAGAUCACUCUAGGCUGCGAAGUCACUGAGGCUGUGGACAUGUGGUCUCUAGGCUGCACUCUGGCAGAGUGUUUCACAGGAUACUGUCUUUUCAGUGAACAUUCAGAAUACGACAAUCUCAGGACCAUCGUCAAACUGUUAGGACUUCCAAGCGAAAAAGUGCUCCAAAAAGGCCAUCUGUCUUUAGAUUACUUUGUAAGCCCUUCAGGUGACUUCACACAGUGGAGACUUAAAACCUUAAAGGAGUACUAUGGCAGACAAAGAAAAGACAUGCCCAAGGUCCCAGAUUGUCUAGCUCGAAAAUUCAGCUCUUUAGACAGUGUUUUUCAGGGGUCUCAUACAAGAACGGGAGACCCAGAGCACAGAGACAGAUUGGCCUUUGCUGAUUUCAUAAAGAGACUUCUGGACCUGGACCAUGAGAUGAGAAUCACUCCCAAGGAGGCACUCCAUCACCCCUUUGUGACGAUGGAACAUCUGAUCGGUGAUGACAGUGAUUACAGUGAGAACGCUCGUGGCCUCAUGGCCUUAGCUCUUAAAGGGUCCACCACUGUGUCUGAUUUGAGCCCUCCUGAACAGCCCAGUCCACACGUCCCACAACAUGUACCAGAGCCGCUCCGAGAUGAGGAGGAAGCAAUAAGACCCACCCAAACACUGGAGCACAUAGACAACACAAAGUGUCUCAACCAGGGUAUUCUAGAGACUCCAAUGGACAACGAGGAAAACCUGCAACCUGUCAAGGUCGUCAAUGGGUUUUUCAAUUUGGACCUUGAAGAUCAAUUGUUUAUAACGACUGACAUCCACGAAGAAGAAGGACUUAGCUCUGUUUCAUCUGACCGCCCUAAGAAAGCACAGAGGAAAACGAAGGAUUUAGAAGAUGAUACUUUCUCACGUGCUCACACAACACAAGAAACACAAGGACAUGUCGCUCUACCUACAACACCUAUUGAGCCUCUUCCACUAAAAGCCGAUAUUCAAGGUUCUAGUUGCGACAUCAGUUUGUUUGAGGAGACGUUAGAAAGUCCAGAUGAAGACGAAAUGAUCCCAAGCCCCUCGCAUACUUAUCCCGCAGAGAAAGGUGACAUCCUUUAA